GCGUAGCGCGGCUCACGCAGGCGCAGUGCGGUCCCCCGGGCGACGGAGGCGGCGGCGGCUCCUCCGGGUGGUCGGCUCCCUCCCAUCUAGGCCGGCCCCGGCCCGUCUCGCCCCCCAGAAACUCACUGUUCGGGGCUGUGGACCUUCUCAUCGUGUCCCACGAAAGUAAAUUGGGGGAGACUGGGGGAGCCGGAAGUACCGCCUCGAGAUCCCCAAAUACGAUCGGGGAAACGGAAGUGGCCCUUGGUGCCAGGUUGGGGGAGACCGGAAGUGACGGUACCGUGGGGAAGUCGGGGGCGGAGCCACAGGGUGGUGGGCUGUGUAUGUGUGUUUGUAUGUGUUUGGCCGCGUGUUGGUUAAGUCGUGUUGCUGGAAUACCGACGAAAGGCGGAGGCGGAAGGAGGGGUCGAUCAGCGAGCCCGUCCAGCCUCCCAGAGCUGUCGGCCAUGGAGCCGAGUGAUAGUGCCAGUACCGCUAUGGAGGAGCCUGACAGCCUGGAGGUACUGGUGAAGACCCUGGACUCUCAGACUCGGACUUUUAUUGUGGGGGCCCAGAUGAACGUAAAGGAGUUUAAGGAACACAUAGCUGCUUCUGUCAGCAUCCCUUCCGAGAAACAGCGGCUCAUCUACCAGGGCCGGGUUCUGCAAGAUGAUAAGAAGCUCCAGGAAUACAAUGUUGGGGGAAAGGUUAUCCACCUGGUGGAACGGGCUCCUCCUCAGACUCAGCUUCCUUCUGGAGCAUCUUCUGGGACAGGCUCUGCCUCAGCUACUCAUGGUGGGGCACCCCUGCCCGGCACUCGGGCCCCUGGGGCCUCUGUUCAUGACCGGAAUGCCAACAGCUAUGUCAUGGUUGGAACCUUCAAUCUUCCUAGUGACGGCUCUGCUGUGGAUGUUCACAUCAACAUGGAACAGGCCCCAAUUCAGAGUGAGCCCCGGGUGCGGCUGGUGAUGGCUCAGCACAUGAUUAGGGAUAUACAGACCUUACUGUCCCGGAUGGAGUGUCGAGGGGGAGCCCAAGCACAGGCCAGUCAGCCACCCUCACAGACACCGACUGUGGCCUCAGAAACAUCAGAACCAGUUGAAAGUGAAGCCCCUCCUCGAGAGCCCAUGGAGUCAGAAGAAAUGGAGGAACGUCCCCCAACCCAGACUCCAGAGCUUACGCCCUCUGGCCCAGCUUCAGCGGGCCCAGCACCCACAGGCCCAGCACCCGCGCCAGAGACAAAUGCACCCAACCACCCUUCCCCUGCAGAGCAUGUGGAGGUGCUCCAGGAGCUUCAGCGCUUGCAGCGCCGUCUUCAGCCCUUCUUGCAACGCUACUGUGAGGUCCUGGGUGCUGCUGCCACUACAGACUACAACAACAACCAUGAGGGCCGUGAGGAGGACCAGCGGUUGAUCAACUUGGUGGGGGAGAGCUUGCGGCUACUGGGCAACACUUUCGUGGCAUUGUCCGAUCUGCGCUGCAAUCUGGCCUGUGCCCCUCCACGGCAUCUGCAUGUGGUACGGCCUAUGUCUCACUACACGACUCCCAUGGUGCUCCAGCAGGCAGCCAUUCCCAUUCAGAUCAAUGUGGGGACUACUGUGACCAUGACAGGCAAUGGGGCUCGGCCUCCACCAGCUCCUGGUGCGGAGGCAGCAACUCCAGGUUCAGGCCAGGCCUCAUCCCUGCCUCCGUCUUCUACCACUGUUGAUUCGUCAACUGAAGGAGCUCCGCCACCCGGACCAGCACCGCCACCAGCCAGCAGCCACCCACGGGUCAUCCGGAUCUCCCACCAGAGUGUAGAGCCCGUGGUCAUGAUGCACAUGAACAUUCAAGACUCUGGAGCACAGCCUGGUGGUGUGCCGAGUGCUCCCACUGGUCCACUGGGACCUCCUGGUCACGGACAGACCCUGGGACAGCAGGUGCCCGGCUUCCCAACAGCACCAACUCGGGUGGUGAUUGCCCGGCCCACUCCUCCACAGGCUCGUCCUUCGCAUCCUGGGGGACCUCCAGUCUCUGGAGCUCUGGGCGCUGGGCUGGGUACAAACACUUCAUUGGCCCAGAUGGUGAGCGGCCUUGUGGGGCAGCUUCUUAUGCAGCCUGUUCUUGUGGCUCAGGGGACUCCAGGAAUGGCCCCGGCUCAGGCUCCGGCCCCAGCUCCGGCUCCAGCUCCGGCUCCUGCCACUGCUUCAGCUAGUGCUGGCACUACCAACACAGCUACCACAGCUGGCCCUGCUCCUGGGGGUCCUGCCCAGCCUCCACCUCCUCAGCCCUCUGCGGCUGAUCUUCAGUUCUCUCAGCUCCUGGGAAAUCUGCUGGGACCUGCAGGGCCAGGGGCUGGGGGCCCAGGCAUGGCUUCUCCCACCAUCACUGUGGCAAUGCCUGGUGUCCCUGCUUUUCUCCAGGGCAUGACUGAUUUUUUACAGGCAUCACAGACUGCCCCUCCACCCCCUCCACCUCCUCCACCCCCACCCCCUGCCCCAGAGCAGCAGACCACACCUCCACCAGGGUCCCCUUCUGGUGGAACAGCGAGUCCUGGCGGCUUAGGUCCUGAGAGCCUGCCCCCAGAGUUUUUCACCUCAGUGGUGCAGGGCGUGCUGAGCUCCCUCCUGGGCUCCUUGGGGGCUCGCGCGGGCAGCAGUGAGAGCAUUGCUGCCUUCAUCCAACGCCUCAGUGGAUCCAGCAACAUCUUUGAGCCUGGGGCUGAUGGCGCCCUUGGAUUCUUUGGAGCUCUGCUCUCUCUUCUGUGCCAGAACUUCUCCAUGGUGGAUGUGGUGAUGCUGCUCCAUGGCCAUUUCCAGCCACUGCAGCGGCUCCAGCCACAGCUACGAUCUUUCUUCCACCAGCACUACCUGGGUGGCCAGGAGCCCACACCUAGCAACAUCCGGAUGGCAACCCACACACUGAUCACUGGGCUGGAAGAGUAUGUACGGGAGAGUUUUUCUUUGGUGCAGGUUCAACCAGGUGUGGACAUCAUCAGGACAAACUUGGAAUUCCUCCAAGAGCAGUUUAACAGCAUUGCUGCUCACGUGCUGCACUGUACAGACAGUGGAUUUGGAGCCCGGCUGCUGGAGCUGUGUAACCAGGGCCUGUUUGAAUGCCUGGCCCUGAACCUGCACUGUUUGGGGGGGCAGCAGAUGGAGCUUGCUGCUGUCAUCAAUGGCCGAAUUCGCCGCAUGUCUCGUGGGGUGAAUCCAUCCUUGGUGAGCUGGCUGACAACUAUGAUGGGACUGAGGCUUCAGGUGGUCUUGGAGCACAUGCCUGUGGGUCCCGAUGCCAUCCUCAGAUACGUUCGCAGGGUUGGUGAUCCUCCUCAGGCACUUCCUGAAGAGCCAAUGGAAGUUCAGGGAGCAGAAAGAACUUCCCCUGAACCUCAGAGAGAGAAUGCUUCCCCAGCCCCUGGAACAACAGCAGAAGAAGCCAUGUCCCGAGCUCCACCCCCUGCUCCUGAAGGAGGUUCCCGAGAUGAACAGGAUGGAGCUUCAGCUGAUGCAGAACCGUGGGCAGCUGCAGUCCCCCCUGAAUGGGUCCCUAUUAUCCAGCAGGACAUUCAGAGCCAGCGGAAGGUGAAACCUCAGCCGCCCCUGAGUGAUGCCUACCUCAGUGGCAUGCCUGCCAAGAGACGAAAGACAAUGCAGGGUGAGGGCCCCCAGCUGCUACUCUCAGAGGCAGUGAGCCGGGCAGCUAAGGCAGCCGGAGCUCGGCCCCUGACAAGCCCCGAGAGCCUGAGCCGGGACCUGGAGGCACCAGAGGUUCAGGAGAGCUACAGGCAGCAGCUCCGGUCUGAUAUCCAAAAACGACUGCAGGAAGAUCCCAACUACAGCCCCCAGCGCUUCCCUAAUGCCCACCGGGCAUUUGCUGAUGACCCCUAGCUUUCUCACCAGGGGACGGACCAUUUCCCCCCUUCCUUCACAGUAUUUAAGAAAUAAAAGUCGGAUUUUCCUGGCUCCUUUG